ACAGUUGUAAAAUUAUGACUGGAAAAAGCAGACUUGGCACAAUUCUUAGGUCCCUAGACUUUAGCAGUCGCAAAGUGGCGCCAUAGCUAAACGGGAGCAAAAAUGAAUUAUCAAAAAUAUAUAUGCAAAGUGAAAUAAAGUAAAUUAAACAAAUAUUAAGCAAAAAAAAAAAAAUCAAGAAAAAAAACAAGCUAACUGCUAAGCUAAGUGAAAUAUUAAAUGUAACAAUUGUUAAUAAAAAACAACAAUUGCAAUAAUCAACAAAAUUAACAAAAGUUUAACAAAAAAUUACAAAAUAAUACAAAAAUUUUACUUUAUUUGUUUUUUUUUUGAGCAAUAAAAAAAUUUAUUAAAAAGCAGCUUUACAUUGGGUGUUUGUAAUACAAUAACGGUAUUUUUCGAGUUACUUAGUUUAUGUGCGAAUUACAAUAAAAACAAUUUGAAAGAGAGUAAAAGUGAGACAAUAUAAAAGAAGAAGAAAAAUAAAAAAAUACCACUGACCUACCCCCUUCCCCCUUUUUGGGAGUAAAAAUUGAGUUUUGUUAUUUUAUUUCUUCUUAGUACACGUAGUAAAGUCAAACGUUUGACAUGUUUUAAUAGAAAUAACGGAUAUUUUGCUCCUUCCAAAAGGAAAAUUGAAAACAGAAGUGUUAUUGUUAUUUAAGGCUGAUGGUUAUUAUUACCGGCGGUUUUUGAAAAAGAAUUAUGAAAUAAAUUCUUAAUACAACAAGGUUUUUGGUAUUUGAAGAAAAAUUUAUUGAAAAUUAACAAAAAUUAAUAAAAUAAAAUAUAGUGUUUUGAAUUAAGUAAAAAAAAAAAUGCAAAUUAAUUUAUUACAUAGAAAUUGAAUGUGCGUUUUAUUAAAAUAAUUGUACGAAUAAAUAUAUUAAAAUUAGUGUUAUCAUCAUUUUUGUUAAAAAAAAAACAAAAACAAAACAAGCUGUAUAUAAAAAAGUGUUUAAUCAAAUGUAAACAAAACAAAAUAAAAAUAAUAAUAACAUGAAUAAAAAUACAAACAAAAGAAAUAAAAUAAAAUAACAAACACGCUGUGUUUUGUUUGGCUUUAAAUUAACAACAAUAUACAAAAUAAUACUAAAUACAAAAACAAAGUUAAAUUUUUAAUAAAUUCCCCAAAAUAUUUACAAAAAAGAAGGAAAAGAUCAAGAAUUGUAUUUACGACGGCAACUAGAAUUCAUCAUAUGCUACAAAUCUGUGGCCAUUUGUAUGAAAUUUUGUAUCCUGUUUGAAACAUUGCGUUUUAUAUUCAAACUAAUGUAAAAAAUGGUGGUUUUUUGCUAUUGGCUGCAUAUUAAGCAACUGUAGAAGGAUGCUUUUCAGACCAGCUCAACAAUCAGUUAAAACACAAAAUACUUGGCAACCAAAUAAGUAAAUCAUCCAACCAACCAAACAACUUAACUGAAACCAAACCGAACUAAACACAACUAAACUGAACUGAACUAAACACAGUAAAGAGUAGAGAGUAUAAACUUAAUAUAAAAUAAGGAAAUUCUUACUACGGAGUAUAUAUUUUAAUAAAAACAAGUGAUUGUUUGCUUUAAAAAAUGAAGACAAACAAAAUAAUAUAAAAAGAAAAUAACAAAAUCUAGAAAAGUAAACACAAAGAAACACAAUAUUUAUUUAUUUGUUAAGAAUAUAAUAAAGUAAAACAAAAAGAAAAGAUUUACAUUACAAAGGCUAAAAACAACUUAACAAUGAUGUACGAAAUUCGUAAUAUUGCACAUUUUUUAUAAGCACAAAAUCCAAUGAAAAUUACUCAGACAUUUAACAACAACAAUAAAAUUCAACAGUAAAACAGUCAAGAGUCAUCAAUUACAAAAGCCACAGGUAAUCUAUAAUGUAAUCACAACAAAUAUUGAUACAACAACUACCAAUAUCAUACCAACAAUAACCAAGUAAGACCACAGCAACUCAAACAAACUGUGUUAAAAGGAGAGAGAAAGGACAUUAACGUUUAUUCAAAUUUAUCAGCUAACAAGAGAAGAAAAGAAAGAGAGAAAAGUACAUUUUUGGUUUAUUUAUUUAAUUAUUGUAACGAAAAGCAAAAAAAGCUCUUCUGUGUUAAAUGACAAGUUCAUGUUGUUGUGGUAAUUUUUGAUUGAUUAUGGCUGAACUUUAUAGAGGUUGAUUGUUUUUAAAUUAGUUUUUGUUGUAUCCCAAACAUUAUUUUUUUGCGUAAAUGUCUAUAAACGAAACAAGUGUGAGAAGAAGAGCUGGUCUCCUCAAAAUAUCCUUGUACUAUUGCUGGUACAUAGAACACAAUGACAGAUGUGUCAACGACACAAACAAACGCACUACAAAGUGCUAAAUCAAUAAAAAAUAACAAUGAAACCUGUCACUCAAUAGCGGAUACAACGUCAGCAACGCCAACAGCAGCAACCGGUUCACUUACCAAUGGUUCUACAACAAAAAUCAAUAAAAUACAAAUACCAGCAAUAACCAAAGACGAACAAUAUUUGGCAGGAGCAACAACAAUAACAACAGCAAGCAACAAAAUGUCAACAGUGGGUAUUAAAAGUCCAACACCCACAAGUCAAUCACCGGCUACAACUCCUAGUCAAACAUUAGUUUCUUAUGAUACAAAUACAUCUGCCUGUUCAACUACUUUAAUCACAACAGCAAAUCAAUCGAAUCAACUUGUUACAAAGCCCGCCUUACAAACCGACAAAGAUUUCGUUUCACCAGAAACUAUAGUCACUGCGUCACCAUCAUCAACACCCUCACCCACAAGAACUUGUGGUGGUGGUGGUAAUAGCAAUAGCAGCAAUAUAAUGGGUACAGCAACAGCAUUGAGUUCACCCAUCAGCUGUUCGAGUCCCUCCAUUAAGAGUGUAACAAAACAACAGCGUGAAGCUUCUGCUCAAGAUGUAGAUGAAGUGGCUCGUUUGUUUGAAGAGAAACCAGAAGCUUUUGAAAAAUGGCUACUUGAGCGUGCACCACCGGAAGCUUUGGCACGUCUUCAUGAAUUUAUCGAAAAUCGCAAGCAACCAUUGAAAAGACCUUCGGUUACGUCUGAUCUAUUUCAACAAUGGAUGUCUUCAUCACCGAUUCAGAAAAAUCGUUCCUUAUCGUCAGCAUCGAGUAGCAGUCAUUCAGUAUUGGACAAUCGUCGUCACUUAAUGGAAUUGGAUGAAGGUGAACUGUUUAUGGAAUUAAUACGUGAUGUUGCCAAUGAAUUGGACAUCGAUGUGUUAUGUCAUAAAAUCCUAGUCAAUGUUGGUCUGCUAACACAUGCAGAUCGUGGCUCAUUGUUCUUGGCAAAAGGACCACCCAACAAUCGAUACUUGGUGGCCAAAUUAUUCGAUGUUACACAAAAGACACGUAAGUUAAUUUGAAAUAAAUACAUACAUACUACGUACCACCUCACAUCUUUUUAUCUUUUAUUUUGCACUACAUAUUGUUUCAAUUUUAAUAGAAUUGCAAAGUGUAUUUCAUUAACUUUUUUGUUUCGUUUACACAAUUGCAUUAUUUAGUAAAAUACAAAAAAAAAGUAUUUCUUUUUGGAUUAAAAUCCAUUAAAACAUAAUGAAUAUUUGAUUAGAUUUAGUGUUGCAUUUACAUAAAUGCAUUUAUUUUGUUCAAUUUUAGUUUAAAUGGACUAUUUACUGUUGGUAAUUGUUAAAAUUACUUAAAAUUGUUAAUUUAAAUGGAUAAGAAAUAAGCGAAAAGAAUUUUACAUUUUCAAAUGAAGAUAUUUAAAAAAUGCGAUACGUUUCCGAUUGUGGGAGGUCUCAAGAAUAUAAAUAUAUUUUUUAUUAUACACUUCACCACCAUUAGUGGUGAUAGAGGGUGUAUAUAAGUUUGUCAUUCCGUUUAUAACAUUAAGAAAUAUUCAUCUGAGACCCAACUAUGUGUAUAUAUUCUUAGUUCUACGGAAUUCUGAGUCGAUUUAGCUAAGUCCGUCCGUCUGUCUGUCUAUAUGUCUGUAAAAAAAACACACAUUAAAAAAAGCAAUAGAAAUUAAUGAAAUUCUUCCAAAAUAUUCAUCACUUUCCUAGGCAGUUUGGUACUGAAAAUCAGAACAAUGGUUCUACUGUGUAAAGGGUUAUGAAUCAGAAUUGGAAAAAAUAAUGCAUUUUCGCUCCUUCUUUUGUAAUAAAAAAACAAGGAUGAACUAUGAUGAAAAUCAGAAAAAUCGAUCCAUUAAUUUCUAUAGCUCGAAUAGAUAAUUAAUACGAAUAAAAUCAAUUUUUUUUUUUAAAGAAACCAACAUCAACAAAAAGUAACCACGACAGAUUUUGGGCAUUUUUAGAUCCAAGGACUCAAUAAUACGAUGGGUUACAAACAGAAUAACAAAAUUUAUAUAACCAACAUUUUUUGGUGAUGUUCCGCAAUGUCUUUGCCAUUCCUUUUGUUAGAUUCGAUGGCUAUUUAUAAAUACGCUUCAAUAUGUCUGACCGUAUGAAAUUCUCCAUAAAUAUUAUCUAUUUCAUAAAAGUAUAACCCUUAAAAUAAGUAAUUUUCAGAAAAAAACAAAAUUAAAUUAAAAUUCACAUCUACACAGGAAAAAAUAAAAUAACCAGUUUUGGUUAAAAAUAAACAAAGUGGCAACACUAGUCACUAUUUCGAAAUAUAGAUCCCCUGCAGGAAAUGUCAAUAGUGAAACUGUACUGACUUACUAUUGACACAGUCACCAGUACUAG